CAUCAACUUGUAAAUGUGGCAUUGCUUAGUGAUGAGCCUUUGGGUCUCCCCGCUCAUAAUAUGGAUAGUCCGGUGUACAACUCAACACCUUACACAAUGACAUCGCCUACCUAUCUACGGCAAUCUACGGUAAGUGACAACCACCCAUCCGGUUCUCUCCAUUCCCAUUUCUAAUUGAUCCCACUUCAUUGUCACAUUUUGUUGGCCGGGAUGCACGGCAAGGACAAACAAAGGCUUUGCCUUCUUAGCUUGACUUGACGGACUUGGGCCACACAAGCAACAGGUUGCGCCACAAGCGUCCUAGGAAGGGCCAGGUUUCUUCAACGACAAGUGGCAUUGCAUCAAUAAGUCAACGUGCAGCCCAGCUACGGACAGGCAGAGGGGCAACACAAAUGUUGUUUCACAAUACAAACAAGCGCGUUCAAUUUUAUUGAAGAAGCUUUCACAAGGCCCUGUGUCUUGUUGAGCGGGCAAUCCGUUCUUUGCACUUGCUAGCUUUCAUCCCGUCGUCGUCCGCAUGAUGUCACCCGAUCCCCUUUUCCAGCCUGCCAGCCUCCUCCACUUCUCGACUUCACUUUUCCGCCGUCCCUCUCUCCCUCGUCUUCUCCUAUCCCCGAAACAAUGGCCCCUCCCUUUCGGUGCCUGCAACCGACAAGGUUUACUCUUCCAUCCCCAGCCGCCUGACGCCUCUUCAGAGUCGAAGGGUACCCAGCCCGGCCGACAAUCCAGCCAACCCGAAGACUAGGUAGCCCACCCGUAGUCUACCGCUGCAUCGUGCCUGCUCGCUGCACACCGCGCCGAGUGUUUCCGAGAAAUCCUCGAGGAGCGCCUCGCGACUUGUGCUUUCUGUGCCCUCGUCCCCAUGUCUCGGGUUCCCCUCGGCCGGAGGUGCCUCUGGCUCGCUCCACCUUGGCUGUAGUGACUCGGGAUCGCGCGCGAUAAUAGGACGUGACCCUGUGAUAGCCGUAUGCCGAAUUGAGGGGCACAAUCGCCCAUGACUGCCCACGAGUGACCCCCCUUCAAAGCGAAAAGACGAGAGCUUCCGGCAAUGCUGUCUAAUGUUUUGUUCCAGACCCGGGACUACAAACACGAUCCAUUUCCUACAAUUGUCCGUCAUCUUCGUAAUCCCACCUCUCUCCCGCUCUAAGUUUCUUCCUCCUUUCUUCUCCCUCUUGCAAAACAUUUAUCAACAUCUUCGUGCCCCCCCUCCCCAUUCCUCAUCGGCCAAACUUCCGAUCCACAGUCCUGCCUUACUCCAAGCCCAUCAUGUCGGCCUACACAACAAACGGCACCGGUCAGGAGACCGAGAAGAUCAAUACCAACAUCGUCACCUUGACCCGCUUUCUUACGGAAGAGCAGGCCAAGCACAAGGAGGCCACCGGAGAUUUCACUCUUCUGUGUCAUGCGCUGCAAUUUUCCUUCAAGUCCAUCGCAUACUACAUUCGUCGAGCUACCCUGGUCAACCUGACGGGUCUGGCCGGUUCCUCCAAUACCACCGGCGAUGACCAGAAGAAGCUCGAUGUCAUCUCCAACGACCUCUUCAUCGAAGCCAUGAGGUCCUCCGGAAAGUGCGCUCUGCUGGUGUCGGAAGAGGAGGAGGAUGUCAUUUUCUUCAAGGACGCCACCGGUGCCCGCUACGCCGUCGCCUGUGACCCCAUUGACGGCAGCUCCAACUUGGACGCUGGUGUGUCAGUCGGCACCAUCUUCGGCAUUCACAAGCUGCCUGAUGGCUCCACUGGAACCAAGGAAGACAUCUUGAAGCCGGGUACCGAGCUCCUGGCCGCUGGCUUCACCAUGUACGGCGCCUCGGCUCAGCUUGUCAUUACCAUGAGGGGUGGUACCGUCAACGGCUUCACCCUUGACAACGGCGUCGGCGAAUUUAUCCUAACCCACCCCGACAUGCGUCUACCCAAGGCCCGCGCCAUUUACUCGGUCAAUGAGGGUAACUCGCUCUACUGGGAGGACAGCACCAACAACUACUUCAACUCGCUCAAAACCCCGCAAGAGAACGGCAAGCCGUAUAGCGCACGUUACAUCGGUUCCAUGGUGGCUGACGCGUACCGCACGCUGUUGUACGGUGGCGUGUUCGCCUAUCCGGCGGAUAAGAAGAGCCCCAAGGGCAAGCUCCGUAUCCUGUACGAGUGUGCGCCCAUGGCUCUGGUGUUUGAAAACGCUGGUGGUCAGGCCGUAGACAGCCAAAUGAGGAGGAUGCUGGAGGUGGUGCCUGAGCAUAUUCACGACCGGGCCGGUAUCUUUAUGGGCAGCUUCGACGAGGUCGAGAAGGUCAAGAAGUUCCAUCAGUAAGCUGCCGGGAGGAUACGUCAUCCUACGCAGCAACAUCUCACGAUAACGUGCGGAAACGGCGCAUUUUUUUACGAUUUGUUAACCCCAAAUGGGUGGUUGGUUCCCCUUUUUUGCGGCGCUCUGGGCACCGGACUGAUUGCGAUGGAUGGUGUAUGACAUGAAGGGAAUAGGACGGGUCAUUUGCGGGACAUGGAGAGAUUGGUUGGCAACCAUUCGGCUU